UUAACCGUAAUAAGUGAGUUAGUGAUGAUCAGGUCAAUCCACGCUCGUCAGAUAUUUGACAGUAGAGGUAACCCAACAGUUGAAGUGGAUGUUACAACUAACUCCGGUUUAUUUAGAGGAGCUGUACCUUCUGGUGCUAGUACCGGAAUCUACGAGGCACUUGAGCUCCGUGACGGAGACAAGGCGAACUACAUGGGUAAAGGUGUUAGUCAGGCUGUAGAUAACGUUAACAAUAAGAUAGCUCCUGCUCUUAUCGCUAAACAGUUCAAUGUAACUGAGCAGAGUGCUAUUGAUAACUUUAUGUUGGAGAUGGAUGGGACCGAGCAUAAGAAGAAUCUGGGAGCUAACGCUGUUCUGGGGGUAUCACUAGCUGUGUGUAAAGCAGGGGCUGCUGAGAAGGGUGUCCCACUGUACAGACAUAUUGCUCAGCUGGCUGGAAACGAUAAGGUAAUCCUACCUGUCCCAGCGUUCAAUGUAAUAAACGGAGGUUCCCACGCGGGUAACAAGUUGGCCAUGCAGGAGUUCAUGAUUCUUCCUGUGGGUGCGGCCUCAUUUACUGAGGCCAUGAAGAUUGGAAGCGAGGUGUACCACAAUCUUAAGAAUGUGAUAAAAAGUAAGUACGGACUGGACGCUACUAAUGUGGGAGAUGAAGGUGGAUUUGCUCCAAAUAUCCAGGAUAACAGAGAAGGACUGGAGCUCGUCAUGACUGCAAUCAAGAAGGCAGGUCACGAAGGUAAAGUAGAGAUUGGCAUGGACGUAGCUGCUAGUGAGUUCUUCAAGGAAGGUAAAUACGACCUGGACUUCAAAAACGCAGACUCCAAGGAAGCGGACCACCUGUCCUCAGAUGCACUAGAACAAGUGUACCACGAGUUCAUUGCUAACUACCCCGUAGUUAGUAUUGAGGAUCCGUACGAUCAGGAUGAUUGGAAUGCAUGGAGUAAGCUUACUGCUGCCACUGAUAUCCAGAUAGUUGGAGAUGAUCUACUGGUAACCAACCCUCGAAGAAUCAAGACUGGAAUUGAGAAGAAGUCCUGUAACGGUUUACUUCUGAAAGUUAACCAGAUUGGAUCAGUUACAGAGAGUAUUGAGGCCUGUAAACUGGCACAGAGUAACGGAUGGGGAGUGAUGGUCUCCCACAGGUCGGGAGAAACAGAAGACACAUUUAUAGCAGACCUGGUAGUUGGUUUGUGUACCGGACAGAUAAAGACAGGUGCCCCGUGUAGAAGUGAGAGACUGGCAAAAUACAACCAGAUAUUGCGAAUAGAGGAGGAGCUGGGAGAUGAAGCUGUCUACGCUGGCAGAAAGUUCAGAAACCCUCUCAAUUAGAGCCUGCUUAGUAGCUUUCAAUAUUAUUAUGUUUAGUUUAUGAGUUAGUAGUCCAGGCUAGUGUUUUUGGACUGAACAGUUUAAGCUUUGAUUUAUUUCAUAUAGUACUAUUAAUUAUGGUUCUGAAUUUUUGAGCAAUAUUGUUUUCCAAACUUUGAAUUUUUCGUUCGCUAUGUUUUCCACGUUUUAGUGCAUACAAUUAAAUUUUUCUAACUUUCUUUUGGAAGACUAUUAAAUUAUUAAUUUCGCACAUCUUCAUUAAAUUAUCUAGACGCAUGGUUUAGAUCUAAGAGUUUUAAUGUUCGUGUGACAAAGAAUGUCAAAAUUAGAAUAUAUUUAUAACUAGCUUGUCAUGUUUGAUAAGAAUUUGUUGUAAA